AGUCAGGGCUCCGCGGGGCUGAGGCUGAGGCUGAGCUGAGGCUCAGGGCGGGAGGUGUUGGUGUCGGUGUCGGAGCUGCUGUGGCCGCGCGGGCGGACCGGGGCCCACGUUAUGCCCUGUUAUGGCUUGUCUUUUCCGAAGGUCGAUAGCAACUCAGCUCUCUAAAAUUCUGGGUGUAUCAACGGAACAGCUUAUUCCAGUUGUGUCAGCGGUUCCUGUCUCAAAGAAACAGCAGACACUGGACUUUAGGCUUUCAGUGAGCUCUCUGCUAGAACAUGGCUGUCUGAAAUCCGGUUCACCUAUCCAGGGUCAAGCACAGCAACUGGCAGAACAGUUGACUUGUGAUGAUGUACUAACUGAAAUUGCUGUGGGUCAAGGAACCAUCAAUUUCAAAGUGAACCGAACAUUGCUGGCUGAGAAUGUGAUGAAUGAAGUUACCAAGAAGGGCUCAAGCUAUGGACUCUCAAGUGAACUAUUUAAUGAUUAUCCCCGUGGACGAAUUAUAGUGGAAUUUAGUUCACCCAAUAUUGCAAAACGAUUUCAUGCUGGUCACUUGCGUUCAACAAUAAUAGGUAACUUCAUAGCUAACCUAAAGCAUGCUUUGGGAAAUGAAGUGAUCAGGAUGAACUACCUCGGAGACUGGGGCAUGCAAUUUGGGUUGCUGGGAGCCGGAUUUCAACAGUUUGGCUCGGAAGAGAAACUGAAAUCCAAACCAUUGGAACAUCUUUUUGAUGUUUAUGUCCAAGUGAACAAAAUGGCAGAGAGUGAUGAAAACAUCAAGUUAGCAGCACAAGAGUUCUUCAGGAAACUGGAGGCAGGGGACAAGUCAACACUGGCAUUUUGGGAACGAAUUAGGUGCAUCAGCAUCGAGGAAUAUGCAAACAUUUACCAGCGCCUUGGCGUGCACUUCGAUGAGUUCUCUGGGGAAUCGGUCUACCAGAAGAGAUCACAUGAUUUUCUACGGCUGCUGGAAAAGAAAGGACUGCUCAAGAAAACAAAGCAAGGAACGGGUGUCGUUGAUCUUUCACCGAAUGGUGACCUGUCCAUUUAUGCAACGGUGGUUCGAAGCGAUGGGACUUCUCUGUAUUUGACCAGAGAUAUUGCAGCUGCAGUGGAUCGAAUGGAAAAAUACAAUUUUGAGAAAAUGAUUUAUGUGACAGAUAAAGGUCAGCACACGCAUUUCCAGCAAGUUUUUCAAACAUUGAAAAUCAUGGGUUAUGACUGGGCAGAACGCUGUCAGCACAUACCCUUUGGGGUAGUUCAGGGGAUGAAGACCAGGAAGGGCGAUGUAAUCUUUCUAGAAGAUAUUCUGAAUGAAGCUCGCUCCAGAAUGUUGAAAAACAUGUCUGCCUCAAAGACAACAAAGGAACUUGAAGACCCUGCAGAUACAGCAGAAAAAGUUGGCAUUGCUGCACUUAUUAUCCAGGACUUCAAAGGUCCCCUUUUGUCCGAUUAUGACUUUGAUUGGGAUCGCGUACUCCAAAGCCAGGGAGAUACUGGAGUCUUCCUGCAAUACACACAUGCAAGGCUCUGCAGUAUACAGAGAACAUAUGAAAAUGGACCACAAGCUCAAUUCAACCCAGCUUCUCUACAAGACCCUCAGGCAAUUACUUUACUACAGCAUCUUCUCAGAUUUGAUGAAGUAUUGUACAAGGCUUCUAAGGAUCUUCAACCUAAGCAUCUUGUCAACUACCUUCUAAUGUUGAGUCGUCUUGUUUCUAUAGCACACAGGACUUUGCACGUAAAGGGCAGUUUACCUGAAGUAGCCCAGGCACGAUUUCUACUGUUCAAGGCAACCUGUUCUGUCCUUGCCAAUGGAAUGAAACUUCUUGGUAUAACUCCAGUCGAGAAGAUGUGAUCAGUUAACCUGCUUUCCUGUUCUAGCCCAUGUAAUGAGACUACUCAGCGUAACAUCAAUUCAGUAUAUUCUGUGAAGCGCUUUGAGACGUCUAGAAGACGUGAAAAGCGCUAUAUCAAAUGCAAGGAUUAUUAUAUUAUUAUCAGCAACGGAAACAUUGCUUUUACAAUAUGUGAUGAAUGAAAAAAAACUGCUUUUAUAAAAGUAUGCAAACUAUAUUACUUGUAUAAUUAUACCUUGUUAAUAAAUGUGCACCAUUGUUCCCUGAUGUGUCGAAUGCUUGUACUUAAUGCUUUAUAUUAGAAACCACUCCCUAAGGUCUGAACAAUGCAAAUGUAUUGUGGAGUUGCCUUAAGGCUCUUAUGUUGCUGUGUAAACCUUUACACUGGAAAAAUCAUUGUAUUAUAUCCGCCAGGCGAGAAAACAUGAUUUUUUGAAUGGGAUUGGUUAUUAUUAAUAGCAUUUGAUAUAGGCUAUAAAUAUUGACUUUGGUGAUUUAUAAUUAUUUUAUUAUUUUAAGAAUAAUGUUGCUCAUGGUAUUAUUGGAUUAUUGGAUUUAUAUAAAGGUUAGUAAGCAAACAAAACAUGUAUGUUAAAGUUGAUCCAAGUUCAAUAUUGUUGGUUCUAAGGUUUUAUUUUUGUUUGUGGUCAUUCUUUUUCAUGCUCCCAAGAUCAGCAACCAUAUAAUCUAUGUAAUCUAGAUUUUGACUAACUAGCAGUCAUAUUUCCUUUAACUUGUUGUAAAAGGUUCCACUUGAGAGAUACUGCUCUUAAGUAGUGGUUUGAUUGUAUUAUCUAAAGAAGAGAUGGGCCUCCAGUUCCUACCUUGUAACCAUGUUUCAGUACUCUGGUGGAUAUGGAGAAAGCAUUAGCCUCCUGUCAGCCUGUUUCUAAAUACCUGUAAAUCUGGGAGUAUGCUUCCUGUCUCAUUUUAUCUGGCACUCGUUAAUAGCAUUGAAUAGGAAUAGCCACAGUGUGGUCCACUCCCUAUCUUCAUGUUACACAAUUCACUUCAUUUCUAAUCUAACCCAUGUCAUGUAAAGCAUGUUGAGUAUGAAACAGGGGUGAAGUGUCACAGUUUAUCAGCACAGCAGCCAGGUGAACAGUGUUACCACUAAAAUCUAUCCAAAGGAUUUUACCUGAAGAUAAACAUAAUUAUCAAAGAGCAAUAGUAGAUUGUUUCUCCCUCCUCAGCAAAAUUAUACUAAGUAGACUUUCUUGAAAAUAUAUGAACUCCAGUCACAAGUUUCAAAUUCAAUCAUCCAUUUUUAUUAAUACAUCCACUGAUCAUGUAAACAAAACAAACUUACAUUAUAGAAUAUCACCCAAUUGCCCAGCCCCAGUAGA